AUGGAUCUAUUUUCUAUCUUUCUGGUUGGUUGUUGUAAAUAUGUUAUUGUAGUACUAUCUUGUGGUGAACACAACUGCCAGCUUCCAAACUGCUUUUGCCCCGGAAACUCAAUACCAAAUGGAUUUGCUGCUAAAGAUACCCCACAGAUGGUGAUGUUAACAUUCGAUGAUGAAGUUUCUGCAGCUUAUUAUGGUUACUUCCAGAGAUUGUUCAGACCGGGUCGUUAUAAUCCUAAUGGAUGUCCUGUAAGAGGUGGAUUGUUUGUCUCUGGUAGUGGAACAGAUUACGAUCUGGUCUAUCCUCUUUAUGCUAUGGGAGUUGAAAUAGCAAGCCAUACAUUAUCACACAAGUUCCCACACACAUGGUGGAGCAGUGCCUCUUAUGAAGAAUAUUUCAACGAAAUCGAUGGCAUGAAGAGAGCCUUAGCUGAAAACUCUGGUGUACCAUAUGACUCUAUCCACGGCUUCCGAGUACCUUUCCUGCAAUUAGGCGGUGAUAAUAUGUACAAGGCCAUUUAUGACUCUAAAUUAUCAUAUGAUACAUCGAUGUUCACUGGUCCAGUUUGGGAAGGAGGGGAACCUGUUUGGCCAUUCACACUUGAUUUCGUCCCUGGCCAAGAAUUCUGUCAACAUGGACCAUGUCCAGAAGAUCAGUAUCCAGGUUUGUGGGAAAUUCCCGUUCAAAGAUGGUAUGGUGUUGAUGGACAUUCCUGUGCUAUGGCUGAUGGUUGUACUUCUACAGGUGAUGCUGAUGAGAUGAUGGAAUUCUUACGAACCAACUUCAAACGAUAUUACAAUACCAACAGAGCACCUUUUGGAAUAUUUGUACAUGCAAGAUGGUUCCAUACUGAGCAUCACAUAGAUGCCUUAGAUCGGUUUAUUGAUGAACUGAUGGAUCUCAAUGACGUCUACAUUGUUACCCCAAAACAAGUUAUAGAAUGGAUGAGGAAGCCCACGCCUUUAAACCAAGCCCAGUUCUUCCAACCGUGGUCAUGUGAAGGUUCUCUGUAA